UGCGAACACGAGGAGCAAUAAGCUGGUGGUAGUGUUCAGAUAGCCUAUUCGUCGAGAGCUCACGCCAUGGCGAAUCACACACAUUUCCGCCACAUUCACCAUCGACGCGUCUUAUUUCCUCUCCUCUCGCUCCUCCAUCUGCUAGUUGUUCUUGUUACCCCGCAUUCGCCGAUUUCGCGUGCAUUCGCCGCGACCCAAGAUACGUUAUCGAGGCAGGCCAAGGGCAGCGGCUACGCGCAGAGUCUCGGAAAAGGGAUCUUUCCUGGAAGCUCCGAAUCGGGCAAUGGCGACCCGAGACUGCUUCAAGAGAGCCAAUGGGCGACGGACAGCGGCGUGUUACAGGUGGCGCGCUGCCAGCCGUCCACGCUGGCGGGGUACACCCACUCCGCUCAGCUCUCCACCAGAGGCCUCCUCCUCCACUGGACCGUACACCCUGCCACGUCAUCAGUCCUCAUGGCGCUGGAAGGCCAGCUGGGCAGCGGCGCGGACUCCGGCUGGCUUGCGAUUGGCUGGUCGUGGGACGGGCGAAUGGCAGGCAGCGACGCCGUGCUGGCGAAUGUGGAAAACGGGGCGAAUGUGGGCGGGGGAGGGCUGAGGGCGCCAGGGCCUCUCGUGGCGGUGCAUAUAGCGGGGUACUCUGUAGCGAGGAUGCAGCAGAUGGAGCACGGGCUGUCGAUCAGCAAGAACUGGAGCGUCUCUGUGAAUGCCAGGGGGUCGACUAUUGUGACUUUCUCUCGCACGUCAGGAGACGUCGCCUCGGUGCCUUUAGCUCUGGAUGCGUCCAACGUCAUCAUCUGGGCGCACUCCCCCAACAGCUCUCACACGCCUCUCUACCAUGGGCCACACCGUGGUGCAUUGCUCCUCGACUACUCCUGCGCCUCCCCCCCUCGCCGGCCCCCAAUUGCCCCUCCAGCUCUACGCGGCAUGGCCUGUGACCCCUCUCCGUUGCCGGGAUAUACCUGCUCCCGGCAACUGAGAGGCAACGACUUCGUCCUGCACUGGCGGGUGAACAAGGCGUCCAUAGCCGUGGCAGCCGAAGCCGCCACCACUGGCUGGGUUGCCAUCGGGUGGUCCCGGCUCGGCAAAAUGGCGGGCAGCGAUGCAGCCAUAGGGAACCUGCCGUACGGGGAAACGGGCAUGGGCAUGCCCCCAGUAGGGGCGUUCUCCAUCGGGGGCUACAGCCGGGAGUCCAUCUCCCUGUCUGAGCUGUUUGAGACCCGCAAGAGCAGCGUGGCGACAGUCAACGGAAGGACUCUGAUCUGGUUUCAGCGCUUGUUUGAAGCGGGCCUCAACCCCAUGCAUGAGAAUGGGUUGGCCAACAUCAUCUGGGCUUACUCUGGGGAUGGGUCACAAACCCUAUCAGACCACAUGGGCAACAAGGGCACCACUGCCAUUGACAUCAUCACAGGGGACUCUAAGCAUUCCUCUCUCUCCUCCCCUCCUUCCUCCUCAUCCUCCUCCUCCUCCUCCUCUCCCUCCUCCUCCUCCCCUACUUCCUCUUCACCCACCACCUCGACACCUCCCCCACCUCCUCCUCCCCCUCCUCCUCCUCCCCCUCCUCUUCCUCUGCCCUCAUCGCUCACGCUGUCUUCCUCUCCCUCGCCUUCUUCCUCCUCAUACCGUCCGCAAUCAUCAUCGCUCGUCUCUUCCUCGCCGCCCGGCCCCCUCACUCCCCUUCCUCCCCCAACCCCCCACCUCCCACUACUCCUCUCACUCUGCUGACUCCGAUACUGGGACUUAUGGGUCGGCCGAUCCCUCCUCUUCCUCCUCCGCUCCCGCUCCUCCUCCUGACUCCUCCCCUCCUCUCUCCCCCCCUCUCUCCCCAACCACCAGCGCCUCCCUCCUACAACCCCACCCCUUCCUCCCCACUCUCCCCCUCCUCCCCCACCUCAAAUCCCACGCCUUCACCUACCACCAGUAUCUCAACCUCGCUGCCCUUUUCUCCUGCCUGCUCGGCUGCACAAUCGCGUUCGCAGCCGUCGGAUCGCCGGGGCUCAGCCACACGCAUGGUCAGAUGGGCCUCGUGGUGCUCCUGCUGGUGAUUCUGCAGCCGGGUUUAGGGUUUCUGCGGCCAGAAAAGAGGGCUUCUAGCAGGGCGUCUUGGCUGUUCGCCCACUGGCUGCUGGGGCUGGCAGUAAUAGGCAUGGGGUGGGCCAAUGCGUUCUCUGGCUUGAAGCUCUACAGCAGCAUCUUCAACUCCUCUGUCAUGGCUUGGACCAUUCUAUUUGGUAUUGCUGCAGCUGUUUCCGCUACAGCAUAUUUCCUUAUUGCAAUGAUGCAGUUCACACAGGGGCACUCAUCUCGAGCGCUCAGCUACCAAAUAGAGCUGUAGGGCGCAUUGUAGCUAAUUUGAAUUCUGUCAGCAUGUCAUCACAUGCAGUUACGAACUGCAUACCUAAAUGCUGCCUACUAAUGAAUUCCACAUGAUAAUAUACAACUGCAUACCUAAAUGCGUGCCGUAUGUGACUGUGAUACGUAGUGUAGUUGUGCAAACGAAUGACACAA